UCUAGAAUCGAUGGAAAAACAUCCUCAGGUUGUUUUUCAUCAUUCAGAACAUUGCCUGAAGCAGGUCCACCAUGCCGUUAGUAACGAGGAACAUCGAGCCAAGGCACCUGUGCCGUCAGACGUUGCCUAGUGUUAGAAGCGAGCUGGAAUGCGUGACCAACAUCACCCUGGCAAAUGUCAUCCGACAGCUGGGCAGCCUGAGUAAAUAUGCAGAGGACAUCUUUGGAGAGAUCUUCACUCAGUCAAACACCUUUGCCUCCCGGGUAAGCUCCCUUGCUGAGAGGAUUGACCGCCUACAAGUUAAAGUCACUCAGCUGGAUCCCAAGGAAGAAGAAGUGUCACUACAAGGAAUCAACACCCGAAAGGCCUUCAGAAGCUCGACCACUCAAGACCAGAAGCUUUUUGACAGAAACUCUCUCCCUGUCCCUGUCUUGGAAACAUACAACACCUGUGAUACUCCCCCACCUCUCAACAAUCUUUCCCCUUACAGGGACGAUGGGAAAGAGGCACUCAAAUUCUACACAGACCCUUCGUAUUUCUUUGAUCUUUGGAAGGAGAAGAUGCUGCAGGACACCAAGGAUAUCAUGAAAGAGAAGAGAAAGCACAGGAAAGAAAAGAAAGAUAAUCCAAAUCGAGGGAACAUAAACCCACGUAAAAUCAAGACACGCAAGGAAGAGUGGGAGAAAAUGAAGAUGGGACAAGAAUUUGUGGAAUCCAAAGAAAAGCUGGGGCCUUCUGGGUAUCCACCCACCUUGGUGUACCAGAAUGGUAGCAUCGGCUCUGUUGAAAAUAUGGAUGCAGGCAACUACCCACCACCACCACAGUCAGACUCCACUUCUCUACCUUCUUCCUUCUCUGAGGAGAGCUUACCUCCGCCGCCAGCAGAAUUCAGCUACCCAGCAGACAACAACCAAAGGGCAUCUGGCUUAGCUGGACCCAAAAGAUCCAGUGUGGUCAGCCCAAGCCAUCCACCACCUGCUCCUCCUCUGGGCUCUCCACUGGGCCUCAAAUCCGCCUAUGCUCCACCCUCGACCCCUCCGCCUCCGCCUCCAAUGAUAAACGUCCCUCCCCCACCUCCACCUGGAGGACUUGGGUCCCCAGUGACCCCACCGCCACCUUCACCACCCUCUUUCCCACCUCACCCCGAUUUUGCUGCCAGCGCCCCCCCCCCACCACCACUUUCUGAUACACCCAAGUCCAAGUCCUCCUUGCCUCCUGUGAGCGACGCCCGCAGCGACCUGCUUUCAGCCAUCCGCCAAGGCUUCCAGCUGCGCAGGGUGGAGGAGCAGCAGGAACAAGAGAAGCGGGACGUGGUGGGCAAUGACGUGGCCACCAUCCUGUCGCGUCGCAUUGCUGUGGAGUACAGUGACUCAGAAGAUGACUCCUCUGAGUUUGAUGAGGACGACUGGUCGGAUUAGCUCUUUCUGCCUCUGCCUACCUCUUCUCUUUUCUUCUUACCUGCCUUUUGUGACGCCUACCCCAGCAGUCCCAGGGGAAAAGGGGGGAGGGAAAAAAUAAUUUCAAGGGCCAAAGCCUUCCCUGAAGCUACCAAAGAUAUAUCCAUGUGCUUCCUCCAAAUCAACGUGUUUCCCACCUCACACAGCCAGGCCCCAUGGGGCCCCUGAAGGGGCCAGUAGCUGAGAUGUUCUCUCUUCCCUUCAUAUUGAAGAGAAGGGAAAACCCCAAAGCUGAUCCCUUUGAGUGGGUGUAAAUUGGAGUUGGUGCCUUCCCCUAGGAGCCGUUUUCCACUGUGGUCUCCCUAAAUCCUGGCCCUCAGCUACUUCGAAUAAUGCCAGCCACUUCGUGGUCCUAAAGCCUGCAUGGACACAGCUGGCCCCUUGCCCAUGCCCUGGGAGGUCGGCAGGCUGCGUGCCCAGCAGCCAGACUGCUGCACCCUUCUGCCCCGAUCAGCAGGGUGAGGCUGCCGUUUGCUAAGCUCUUUCUGUAUCUGGAUCCCCUUUAUUCCAGGAGCCAUCAAGCCCCUAAAGAAGGUAUCAACCCCUCUGCCCAGAAAUGAUGCCUUUGUGAAAACUGAGGUGUCUGCCUCCCUCCCAGGCCCCGUCUCCUGAGUGUGGUGUUUGGGUUUCCUUUACAUGCCUCUCCGUUGUCACCAGGUGCCUCUGGGCACCAAAGCCCAGGUCUGACCUCUAAUACCCAUGACCAAACUAGCCCUGACACAGGGAUCUGGGCCUCUGCUGGCUGUCAGGAGCCACGCUUAGAGACUGGGAACUGCAGGGCUGGAGGAACGGGGGCACACCGUGGGCCCUCCCCUCUUAGUGAUGCUGAAGUCUACAGAUGGGAAGUGACUUGCUCAAGGUUGCGCAGUUGGAUCGUAACGGGGCUAGAGCCCGGGGUUUCUGAUUCCAGGUCACCUGUGCUUUCUGGGACCAAAUAGUGGGCACCUGCUGGAGCCUGAGCAGAGCAUUCCCGGCUCUGCUGCUUCCAACCUCACCAUAAGGGGGGUCCCAGCAGGAGGGCUCGGGGCCUGUGCCUGGCCCUCGGUGCUGCUCAGACCCUUGUGGCCUCUCGUAAUUCUUUGCUUCCUCUUUGCCAUCUAUCUACCAGCCAACUGGCCUUGGGAACUGCCCGAUUGGGGGACUAGAGGUAGUGAGAAGGGAGGGGGUGGGCAGCUUUGACAGGUGCUGUUUUCAAUUCCUCUUCAACUCCUCCCCCUUUUAUUUCCCCAAUUUCUGCUCAAGGUAGAAACUUCAGUCCCUCAGGCUGGCAGCCGUGGCAGGUAGCUGCCUGGGGGACCUGGCAGCCCUGAGGAAGGCUGAAAACAGAGGGACUGUAGGUCUUUUUCCAGCUCCCUUCCUCACUACACAGUGAUGUUCCCGCCCUUCCUCCCCCUUUUUCCCAGAGCUAAUACACAGGUGCUAUUAUUCAGAAAAAACUGGUCAGCUUUGGCCAGCAAUGAGGUUUCUUCUCUUCUGCCCCAACUAUUGUGUAGCCUCUUGUGCUGAAACCGGCUUCUCCUGGCUUCUGCUUUCAGAGCCCUGAAACAAAGAGAAACAGGAUCUGUCUGUACCCCGCACAGCAAAUGGCUGUAGUAAUUGCCAAAGCCCUCAUAAACCCUCCGGCUUGAGGAGAGUGUAAUCAUGGGGACCGCGCUGUGCCCGGCUGAAUGCGCCCCCUCUGCCUGUUUUCCUUGAACUCGGGCCUGUAGGGCCAGCAUGCCCUCCUCCUGGGGCUCCUCGGACUGCCCCUCCCCCUCCCCCAGGUCAGUGUCUCUGGCACAGGGCCAGCACCUGGCUAGUGCUGAGCAUGCCAGGCUGCAUGUGUGCCCUGCCUCGCUUCCCACCUUGCACUUGGAAGCUGAAGGUAACAUUCUUCAGAACCCUGAAAUGGCUGUUGAAGGUGUCCCCCUGCAGCCAGGAGUGGGGGAGAGGCAGGCGGAGGGCAGUGGUUCUCCCAAAUAGGAGUCCUGGGGCCUGGCCAGGCCAGGGUUUGGGCCUAAUGGCUUUGACUAAAUUACUCCCAUCCCCCUCCUUCCGGAAAAAGGGGGAGUCAGUGCCACUCGCUAUCGUUCUGCUCUGACCUUGAAGGGGGUGGUGUUGGCCUGGCUCUGGAAAGGACAGUCCGCUGUGGAAAGGUCUGGGGGCAGGAGGAGGUGGGGAGGGGCACUGCCUGUGGAAGGUAGGAUUAGAUCAUUAGCUCAGUGACCUCCUAGGGUUUCGAUGUGCUGUGUUCUCAUCCUACAGCUGGUUUGGUAAUGAUCUGCAAGUCCCGGAGAGCAACAGCAUAGCUCUGCCUGACGUUCUCAUUAAAAUCUAUGCAGCCAAGCUCUGUGCUUUGUAGCAGCCGGCUUCCUCGGCUGGGGGGUGGGAGAUGGGGGGAGGGGUGGGCUAGGACCCAGUCAGCUGGGCUCUACUUACACAUUGGUACACCCCCAAAAAUGCUGCUUUAAACCCAGAGCCCUUUAAAAUGAUGAAGGACCCUAUGCAGGUAAUCAUGUCUUUAGAAUCCUGUAAUUGUGGAAUGCAAAGUUUAGUGAUUAUUUAAACUGGGCCCAGGCUGGUCAGGGUAUGGAACAAUGGCCCAUAAGGACUCUUAAGUGCUGAGGCCAAAAAAACCACCUUCCUCUCUGGUCGGCUCAGCCCAGGGAACCUGCCCCCAUUCCUGGGGCCCAGGGGCCCAGCUCCUGACCGUCAGGCAGUGUCAGAAGUGAUUGGUGGCUUUGCCCAGGUGGUGAGAUGAGUACAUUCCAAAGGAGCCGCCUGGGGGAGGGGGCGGCUCUUGUCCCUCGAAGCUCAGAACAGCAGGCCCAAGCUCAGCUAGCCUCCAGGAGCUCGAGCGCCCUCAGAAACGACCUGGCCAAUGUCACCGCAGAGCCGCGCAUGUUGUCAGGCUAAUGUGAAAUCUCUUCCCGUGGCGCCAAGCUUCUGCUCUGCAGCGCCGGCUGGGACAGAUUGAGGUCUCUUGGCUUUGGUGACCCUCUGCUUAAGCAUUCCCACCGUGUCCCCGCUCUGCUCUCCCCGUGCCUCCCGCUGCAGCCCCUCCCCGGGCUCAGGGCCAGGGCUUCCUGCUGGGCUCCAGCUGACCUGGGGGCCAGGUGUUCCCGAGAUGCACCUGGCUCUGUGCCUCCAUGAAUCACAGGGAACAAAGUUAUUGUAUUGACUUUCAGUUAACGCACUUGAGAAACUAACCAAUUUUUACUUACUGUCUAGAAUGAUGUACCUGUAGGAGAGUGACCAUAAAAGUGCCUUCUUUUCUCUGAUGUAAACAUUUAGAAGGACCUGGACCAAUGGAUUCUUGGGUGUGUGUUCCACAUCAAGAUCUUAGGGAGUGAGCACAUAUGGAGUGGGGAUACAGCCUGAAAUGGGUCCCUUUCCCCCGCUCCCCUCCGAGGAUGGAAAAGGAGCUUCGGUUAGAGAUCUGAGCUGUGGGGUUAAGCCAAACCCCUAAGUGACCCUUUCCCUUUGCCCUACUGCUCUCAGGUCCUUAGAAGGGUGUCCAGUACCUUAAAGCCCUGUGGCUCCAAGUCUGGCCUCGUUUGCUUCCCUGCCAGGCUCAUGUGUGUACAUUAGCUCCCCAGUGACCUGAAGAUUCCAUGUAACUGUAUACACGCGAAUACGUAAAUGCCAAUGUUUUAAAUAAUUUGAUAAAGUCUUUGUAGCCACUCGGCCA